AUGACCGAUAAACCUCGGUUGUUCAAGUUGCACACGCACGAAUACAGCUUUGCUAAAGAUGACAUUGUCAUUUGUCAGAAUUCCUUUCCAAAUGCUAAGAUUGGAGAUGUGGUCGAAAUCUACUCACCGCAAGAUGAUUACAGCCGUCUACUGCUUCACAUUACCAAUAUCAAUGACAAACCGGGCACCAAGUUUAGCAUCAGUGUGGAGCAUGCUCUUGCCUUGACGUUCCACCUGCGAAAGUUCACCGAAGUAAUUGUGAAUUUUGUCAAGCCAGAAGACGUUGUUCUAGAUUCAGUGGAGCUGUUCUUCAAAGACCAGUAUCUUGCACGAAGUGACAUGUGGCUGCUGAAAAAGUCCAUCACCAACACCUGUGUAUAUCUCAACAAGAAGGUGGAGUUCAGCUCGAUUCGGUGUCAAGUGUUCGAAAUGUGGUCUCAAGGUGCUCGAAUGGCAAGUGGGUACAUCAACGAGCAGACCAAAGUCGUCUUUAGAUCUGCCUCCAGCAUGGUGUACCUCUUUUUGCAAAUGAGCUCGGAAAUGUGGGACUACGAUAUCAACGGAGAUCUUUACUUUGAAAAGGCUGUCAACGGCUUUCUCACGGAUCUAUUCAACAAAUGGAGGGUAAAAAUGGAGGCAUCGUCUAUUGAAGAGUUUCCCGAGUCAAUGAAAGGAGCUCUACAGCAGGAUACAAAGCGCAAUCUCUUUUUUGAAGAUUUCUAUCGCGUUGCGGUACAAAAUGAGCGCUACGAAGAUUGGUCUUCUGUUUUGGUGAAGCUGAAAAAGCUGUUUAAUUCAUACGAAAAGGACGUGAUUCACUAUCACGAAAAGGAGGGCGUCAAAGUGCCAAGAGCCUACAACUCAACUGCCUCACAGGGCAACUUUCUUGAAGUUCUCAACAUGUCUCUCAAUGUUUUUGAGCGACACAACCUGGAUAGAAGCUUUGACCGUACAGGCCAACUUUCAGUGGUCAUCUCCCCCGGCGUUGGCGUUUACGAGGUGGAACUUGAUUUGACUAAUCUCACAAAGCAGCGUAUCAUCGACAAUGGCAUCGGCAGCGACUUGAUCUACAAGCGGCAUCGUUCAGGCUUCGCAAAGCAGAAGAAUGAAUCCACUUAA